GCCGCGGCCCCGCCUCGCCGCUGGGCUCGAGCUCGGGCGGGGGCGGGCGCCGAGCGCUGCCAGCAGCCAUGAUGCAGGAAGGCUCGGACGACGGCCCGGAUUUCCUCUCGGAGGAGGACCGAGGUCUUAGAGCAAUAAACGUAGAUCUCCAGACUGAUGCUGCUCUGCAAGUGGAUAUUUCAGAUGCUCUCAGUGAGAGGGAUAAAGUGAAAUUCACCGUCCAUACAAAGAGUUCCUUACCAAAUUUCAAACAAAAUGAAUUUUCUGUUGUUCGUCAACAUGAAGAGUUUAUUUGGCUUCAUGAUUCCUUUGUUGAGAAUGAAGAUUAUGCUGGCUAUAUCAUUCCACCAGCACCACCCAGGCCUGACUUUGAUGCCUCAAGGGAGAAAUUGCAGAAGCUUGGAGAAGGGGAAGGAUCAAUGACUAAAGAGGAAUUCACCAAGAUGAAACAAGAACUAGAGGCUGAAUAUUUGGCAAUAUUCAAGAAGACAGUUGCAAUGCAUGAAGUGUUUUUGUGUCGUGUGGCUGCACAUCCCAUUUUGAGAAAGGAUUUAAAUUUUCAUGUCUUCUUGGAAUAUAAUCAGGAUUUGAGUGUUCGUGGGAAAAAUAAGAAAGAGAAACUUGAAGACUUCUUUAAAAACAUGGUUAAAUCAGCAGAUGGUGUCAUUGUUUCUGGAGUAAAGGAUGUGGAUGACUUCUUCGAACACGAAAGAACAUUCCUUGUAGAAUACCACAACAGAGUCAAAGAUGCCUCUGCCAAAUCUGAUAAAAUGACAAGAUCACAUAAAAAUGUAGCAGAUGACUAUAACAGAAUUGGUUCCUCAUUGUAUGCAUUAGGAACACAGGACUCCACAGAUAUAUGCAAAUUUUUUCUGAAGGUGUCAGAAUUAUUUGACAAAACAAGGAAAAUAGAGGCCCGGGUAUCUGCUGAUGAAGAUCUUAAACUUUCUGAUCUUCUGAAAUACUACUUACGGGAAUCUCAAGCUGCUAAGGAUCUCCUGUAUAGAAGAUCUAGGUCGCUAGUGGAUUACGAAAACGCUAAUAAGGCAUUGGAUAAAGCAAGAGCAAAAAAUAAAGAUGUACUGCAAGCUGAAACCACUCAGCAAAUAUGCUGUCAGAAAUUUGAGAAAAUAUCUGAAUCUGCAAAACAAGAACUGAUAGACUUUAAGACAAGAAGAGUUGCAGCAUUUCGAAAAAAUCUAGUGGAACUAGCAGAACUGGAAUUAAAACAUGCUAAGGGUAACUUACAGCUGCUGCAGAGCUGCCUGGCAGUGUUAAAUGGUGACACAUAAGCAACGCUCCGUCCUCCCACUAACAAGGGCUGCCCUUCUCUGGAUUUUUGUUUCUGUGACUUUAAAUAGGCAUUUACGGUUCCCUGGAGAAAUCAUUUGACAAAGUACACAUAAGCAAGCUCCUCCUUUCAAAACUAUUAAAAAACAAAAUCUGAAAGUAGUUGCAGACUAUAUGAAGCAACAGCAUACUUGUUAUACAUACAUACUCAUGUUUAUUUAAUCAUUAUAUGCUUUCAUUCUUCAGAAACAAAAAUGCUCUGUUUUUGUGAAAGUAGCCAAUAUAAUUAUGUUCAUGUUAUGAAUAGUAUGAUACGGCUGCCAAUCCUAUUUACCUUUGUAAGUAAUUUCUUAAGUUGGCAUUUGAAACACAUUGUUCAAAUGGACAAAAUAUUACAUUAGAUAUAUCAAUAUUGUUACUAUAAUGCAUUGUAUACCCUGUCUUAGUUUUCUCCAUGUACUGAUACCAAGAAAUUUAAUCUUUUUUUUUAAAUUGUGAACAUUUCUUAGAAAUUUUGGAGAACUUUGUGUAACCUUUAUAACUAUGAUUUUAAAAAGAAAAGCAAAUGCAUUAGUAUGUUUGCCUUAACUUGUAGACUAAUCCAAUUAUUGUAAAAUAAACCAUGAAAUCAAUGAUUUUUCUAAAAUUAUGCAGACACUGUAUUAUUAUCUGUAAGCCUAAUAUUUUCUAGUAAAUCACAUUAAUUUUAUUAGCAUUUUCUGUACUCAUCCUGUAAAACCAUUGAUAGUACUGGAUUGGUCUGACAUUAAUUACUCACCCAGUAACUUUUCACUUGCAUUCUCAGGUUUAGCCAUUUGCCUGUCUGUUGGUCCAUGACUUGCCUGUCCAGUGCACUUAAAUUGUUUUGAGCUUGGCUGCCUUUGCAAUUUCUUUGGCAGAAAUGCCUUCAAGGGAACUUCAUGCCUUUCCAGAAGGAGUAGAGUAGCAGAAAGUGCAUAAGAUAUCAAGGGGAGUAAUAUUGCUCCUUUGAGUAAAAAUAAGAAGCUUUGCUUCAAACAGGAGAAAGCUAACAGAACACCUGAAAAAGAUCUCAUUCUGCUAACUGCACUUAAAACUUGUAGCUAUGUUCUUCUUUUUUCUCCUCCCUCUCCCCCCCCCCUUUUUUUUAACAUAGCUUGGGUGCUUGGUCUUUUGUUUAUAUGUUGCUCUGUCUCACUUACCUGAACCGUGACCCCUUUCCAAUAGCUGCUGGUCUGUUCUGUUGUGUAAUUUUGCAAUGUCAUAAAAUUAGGCUUUACUUGAUGAAUUAUUCUUCACAGCGGGACUGCUGCUUUAUGUGGCUUUGUAGACCUUUAAUAGAGCAGCAGUUUUGGUGAAUGGAAUUUUAUGUUUGGAGAUGCAGACCAAAAUAACUCAGUGUCAGUGAUUACAGACUCUCCUGUACUGCCUCACAGGUUUUUUGGGGGGUUUAUUUUUUUCAAAUAUGGGUGAAUUGCACAGUGCAGUAUACGUAUCCUAUGGUGCUGCACAUAUAAACAUUUCUAAGGUAGCGAAGUUUUAGUGCAGAGCUGAUGCUGAACAUGCUGUUUGCAUCAUGCAUUUAGUUGCACUGCCUCAAAACUUGAUUUUCAAUGCCCAAAGGCUCUUAGCAACUCACGUAGUGUAUAUGAUACUUUCUAGUAGUAGCUAUUAUCAUAGUAAUAUACUGUUCACCUUCCAAAUAUAUAAAAGGAGUAAUUCCUAAGGAACUCAUCUACAGAAAGAUAAGGGGUGAAGAUUACAAUGUAUAUACGGUUAACACAAUUGUAAAUAUUUUAAGUAGGCUGUGGGAAGAGUUUUUAGAAUAGUACUCGUUGUUCAGUGUUACUAGCGCAUUAAAUUUUUUUUCCAA